ACCUCUUGCUUUAUGGAUGGGUGAUCUUGGUGCCGCUUGGCACUUGCAUGUCAGUUCGCUUAGAGCACUGAUGCGGUCGCCCACAAACACGUUCGGGCGGCAAACAAUUUUUCAGAUAUUUUUAAAGCAGAUUUUAUUUAGAGGCGGUGCUUGUAGGUUCCAGAAUAACGUCGUGUCGAAACGCCACUUUUUCCCUACCCCAGGCAAAAGUGUUUGACCACGAGCGGAGUUGGAGUCUGGGGUCGACUGGAUAGGGGGGCGAUUGCCGUUUUCAUUGCAGUUUUUUAUAUUUUAUUUUUGUUUCAUUUUGGUAUUUUUGUCUAGGAUUUUUUGUCUAGGUUUUAUGUCCACAUCAGGAUUUAUUUCGGAUCAUGAACAAACUAUACAUCGGGAAUUUGAGCCCCUCAGUCACCGUCGAGGACUUGAAGCAGCUCUUUAGCGAGAGGAAGCUUCCCCUGACCGACCAGGUUCUGCUCAAAUCCGGCUAUGCCUUCGUGGAUUCCCCCGACCAGAAUUGGGCCAUAAAGGCGAUUGAGACUUUGUCAGGAAAAGUUGAAUUACACGGGAAGGUGAUCGAGGUAGACUACUCGGUUCCCAAAAAACUAAGGAGUCGGAAGAUUCAGAUUCGGAACAUUCCUCCGCACCUGCAGUGGGAGGUUUUGGAUGGCCUUUUAGCACAGUACGGUACCGUAGAAAACGUGGAACAAGUUAACACUGAUACAGAAACAGCAGUGGUGAACGUCACGUACGCAACCAAGGAGGAAGCUAAAGCGGCGAUCGAGAAGCUGACGGGACACCAGUUUGAGGACUACUCCUUCCGGGUGUCGUACAUCCUGGACGUGGACGCGGCCCCGUCCCCCCAGACCCCACGGGCGCGGCGAGCGGGGCGGCCGCAGCGGGACCAGGACGGCCCUCAGCCCGGCCCCUCGGGGGGCCCCGGGGGCCCCCGGCACCAGCAGCAGGACUUCCCGCUGCGCAUGCUCGUCCCCACGCAGUUCGUGGGGGCUAUCAUCGGCAAAGAGGGGCUCACCAUCAAGAACGUCACCAAACAGACCCAGUCCAAGGUGGACAUACAUCGGAAGGAGAAUGCGGGCGCUGCGGAGAAGCCCGUCACCAUCCACUCCACCCCCGAGGGCUGCUCCUCCGCCUGCCGCAUGAUCCUGGACAUCAUGCAGAAGGAGGCCAAUGAGACCAAGGUAGCUGAGCAGAUUCCUUUGAAAAUCCUGGCGCACAACAGUCUGGUCGGGCGGCUUAUUGGGAAGGAGGGUCGCAACCUGAAAAAGAUCGAGCAAGAGACAGGGACCAAAAUCACCAUCUCCUCUUUGCAGGACUUAACCAUUUACAACCCCGAGCGGACCAUCACGGUGAAGGGCAGCAUACAGGCCUGCUGCAAAGCUGAGGAGGACAUCAUGAGGAAGCUGAGGGAGGCCUACGAGAACGACCUCGCUGCUGUAAACCAACAAGCCAACUUCAUCCCGGGGCUCAACCUGAACGCGUUGGGGAUCUUUUCCACGGGCCUGUCGGUCCUGACGCCCCCGGCAGCCGGACCACGUGGAGCAGCCUCCACGCCCCCCACCGGCUACGGUGCCUAUCUGAGUCACUCCUCACAUCUGGGCCGGCUUUAUGGAGUCCCGCCUACCAGUGCCCUAUCCCACCAGCACACAGCUCCGGAACAGGAAGUGGUCUACCUCUUUAUUCCAACUCAGGCCGUGGGCGCGCUCAUUGGCAAGAAGGGCCAGCACAUCAAGCAGCUGGCGCGCUUCGCGGGAGCCUCCAUAAAGAUCGCCCCAGCAGAAAGCCUCGACGUGCCUGAGAGAAUGGUCAUCAUCACAGGGCCCCCUGAAGCUCAGUUUAAGGCUCAGGGCCGGAUAUUUGGGAAGCUGAAGGAGGAGAACUUCUUCACGGCGAAGGAGGAAGUGAAGCUGGAGACGCACAUCAAAGUCCCUUCCUCUGCGGCGGGACGCAUCAUCGGCAAGGGAGGGAAAACCGUCAAUGAGCUGCAGAACCUCACCAGCGCAGAGGUCAUUGUACCGAGGGACCAAACUCCAGAUGAAAACGAUGAGGUCUUCGUUAAAAUAAUCGGCCAUUUCUUUGCCAGCCAGACCGCACAGCGAAAGAUCAGGGAGAUCAUUCAGCAGGUCAAACAGCAGGAACAGAAACACAAGCAGGGAGCUCCCUCGCCGCACCACUCCAAGUGACCAGCAGAGCGGCGCCGCUGAGCAUCGGCCGACGAAUGUAGCUCCUCCCGAACCGGAGAGAGGUGGAGGAGAGGAGAGGAGAGGAGAGCAGCCGGGGCGGGGAGGAAAGCAUGAGGAACUAAACCAAAGAACUUUACUCGUGGAAUGUGCGAGCCGCGGGCUCGUGGGCUUCCUGUGCACUGCCAACACAGACGAAACUGGAGAAUGCAGACGAAAGGGGACGUUUUCCGAACGAAAGCGGCAGACGAAAGUGCGAAAGAGAAACGAUUCUGAGAGAGUAUUCCGUAGUCCCGUGUAAUGCUGCCCCUUUAGCUGGAGUAACAUAGGCCUAACACAGACAGACUAAAAGUCGUAUUAAUGUAAGUCGGUUUCAUGACACAGUGGGAGAGUGGGGCUUAAAAGCAAAGGCAUUGACAUUCAGAUUGUAAGUUUUGAUAUUGUUAGCAGUAUUAAUAUAUAAAUAUAUAUUAGGAACAAUAAUAUAUAUUAAUCAAGGGUAAUGAAUGGAGUUUAUUCUCAUACUGCAGGCAAAAAAAAGGCUGUUUAGAUUUGAUUCAUCACAGGCAAUAGCAGAGGGCACAGCCAAACACAUUUGAGCACGUCUGCUAUGCAUUUGAAGCAAAAUGUUUUAAGGAAACAUCCAAGCAGAAAAGGUGAUAAAAAAAACUUGGAAAUCUUUAUGGGUUGUUUUGAAUCCUUGUCACUUAACCUCAUGCAUGCCAACACCAGGGGUGGCGUCCCUUUCAAAUGUUUUUGUGACGAUUUCUUCAGUCGCCCUUGUAUGUUGCUGCUUUCAUUCUGAUCCACCUUUUUUCACCUGGAUUUUUAAAAAAAAGUUUCAUUAACUAUUAAUUAAUCGGCAGCAUUUUGGGCAUUGAGAUGAAUUCUACUUCAACCAUUAGGAUAACGAAGAAAAAUGCAUCGCAAAGACUAAGAAGGUACUAAUCCUACUAUUAAUCCUACUAUAUACAUACAGUGUGUACAUAUGUGUUGUCUGAGGAAAUGCAGUUUGGAAGCUGUUUUCAAAUUGGCUGCCCUAGAGAGGGAGAUGUCUUUUACAAAGAUACCAACAAUAACCACAAAGAACAACCACUGUAAAACUGACGUCUUAACACGGCGCACCUUUUAUUUGUUGAGUAGUAGCCGAGAGCCAUAGGCUCAUUUUAAUAGAAUGUGCAGCACAUUUUUGCCUUAUGCUGAGUCUUGAAGUCAAGUAGAGUGAGAAACUGUGACCUAAGGCGCCUGUUUGGCACUGUGUUUAUGAAACGGAACAGUGAAGCACUUCGUACGCUUUGGCACACACACACACGCACACACGCACACACACUGUCACACACACACACAAACAUAGCUGCCUUUGGCUUUACAUCUCUCCUUCAAGAAGCUAAGAGAGCUGUGAUUGCUUGACACACAGCCUUUUUUGAAACAUUUCCCUGUAAAAGUUU